UUUAGAGUUGAAAACGAAGGAAUUUUAGCAGGAAAUUAAAUCAUGAUCAUGGCUUCUUCUCUAUCUCCUUCCUCUCCUGUUGCAAUAUUCAGACCAAAUUUCAAGUUUAGAAGUAUUCCUCUUCAACCAUCACAAAUCCGAGCUCAAAGCUAUAGAGUUGAAGCUGCUGGGAGAUCAAGCAAAAUUGUUGAUGCAAAUUUGAGCAGGGAGAGGAUAGAUCAGAAGGUUAAGGUGAAGGAGUGGAAUUAUGCAGCUGGAUAUAACUAUGAACUCAAAAGAGAAGCUCAGAUGUUGGAGUUGUUUGAGCUGGUGAGGCUGAUUUUGGGGACUCUUGGCUUCAUCUUCCGUAGUGGGACAACUUUGCUUUUCCUUGUUUAUAUUUUAGUUCAUUUGAAUCAAUGAUUUUAAUUUGAACCUCUCACCAAUAUCAAUGGCAUAUUGCCACCCCAAAAUAAAACCUCUAUUUCACAAACUUUAUAUAUGAAGUUACAGAUAUAUGAUUCAAUUUUAACAUUAUCUAUAUACUCUCUGUUUAUUGAAAGGUACCUUAUUUGGAAUUUACCAAAGGAUUCAUCGCUUCAAUGAUUUUAAAGGCACAGAAAGAGAACAUAUGAGAUUGUGGAGUGAAAUCUCUCUUUACAUUCCCCACGCUUGGCCUUUGUCACCUGCUGCACAUAGGAGACACCUGGUUAGGUUGGUGUUUGAACCCGAGUCAAUCCUUUCUCCUUCCCUGUCGCCUUUCCCUUUAGUAAAAAUAAUUGUCUCUU